CAAAAAUGUUGUGCAACUUGCAAGACAUGGGGUCCCAAAAACAAAAUAUAUAGCUGUUAUUGUGGCCGAAUCAACACUCAAAAUAAUUAUAUAUUCCGUACAGCAAUGCAUAGAGAACACACAAUUUUUUUAUUUUUUAUUUUUCAAAGUAUUCACACUUUCUUACUUGUCGAUUAAUUAACAAGAUAAAACAUCAAAUCCAUCCUCCCCUUCCUAAAGGCAUUAUUGAUCGAUCUGAAAAAAAACUCCCAUUUUCAAGGUCUCUCUUUUUUCACAGCUUCUUCAAGCUCAGAAGGAAAAAAAAUGGAGACCUUGACUUUUUUCAUCGGCAUCAUAGGUACUCUACCUAUUAUUUUCCGACCGUUUUCUCAUCAGGGUUUUACGUCUUCGAGUAGUUCCGAAGUCAACAACGUUAAAUGAUGAUGAUUUAUGAUCUGAAAGAUGUUUUUAUCUCUUUUUCUCCUUUUUUUUUUGUUUGUUUGUUUGCAGGAAACAUCAUUUCCGUUCUCAUGUUUCUUUCUCCAGUGAAAACAUUCAUUAGGAUUGUGAAGAACAAAUCAACGGAAGAGUUUGAGAGCCUUCCUUACAUUUGUACACUUCUGAAUUCUUCACUGUGGACUUACUACGGAAUCAUUAAGCCCGGAAGUUACCUCGUUUCCACGGUUAAUGGUUUCGGUGUAAUCGUCGAAAUCAUCUACGUUUCUUUGUUUCUCACUUACGCUCCUCCAAAAUUGAAGAAAAAAAUCGGUGUACUUGCUGGAAUAUUGGAUGUGGGGUUUUUCGUGGCGGCGAUUUCGGUGGCGCAAUUCGUGCUGACCGGAGAUGCGAGGAUUGAUGUUAUAGGGUUCAUGUGUUCAGGGUUAAACAUCGUUAUGUAUGGUUCUCCUCUUGCUGCCAUGAAAACAGUGGUGACUACACAAAGCGUGGAGUACAUGCCAUUCCUUCUCUCGUUUUUCCUUUUCUUGAAUGGUGGAGUUUGGACUUUUUAUGCGGUCCUCCAACAAGAUUGGUAUCUUUUGGUACGUCCCCUUUCUCUAUUCUUAUCAAAUUUUAUUAUCGCCAUCCCAAAAUAGACUAAAUAAUUUUUAAUAAUUUUUUCUGUUGUAUUAGAAUAGUUCUCAUUUUACAUAUAUCAUACGACAUGAAUUUGCGUACUAUAGCUAAUCAUUCCAAAGAUUAAUUUUGGGAUCAGUAUAGGGCAUUUUUUAUCAAAAGAAAAGUUAAAAAAAAAAAGAAGGAAUACUAACCAUUCAAAAGGAUCCCAUCGAGCUGGUAGCUUAGGUUAGAUUACUGGUGGAUGUAUGUCAUUUUGGCCCCCGGAGUGUACUCAGAAGAACCCAACAAAAAGGUUACAAUCAACUUUUGUAAUUAGUUAAAUUAUGUAUUUUCAUAGUCAGAAUUAGAACACGAAAUAUAAUUAGAAUAAAAUGUAACUCAUUUUGUUGAUGCAUCUUAAUCUAACAAACUGUAAAUAUCAACGUACGACAAAGGAAGUCAGUGCAUUCUUUCUUUCUUCAAAAAUUUUUAGCCUUAACAUAAACAAAGCAAUGGAUUAAAUUAAGUCUUAAUGGACUUUACACUUGUGGUGUGGUUACUGAUAUAAACAUGUGCACCUCAAACAACUGUUAGAAGCAUCACCGACAAUACUGCCAACAAGCAUGCAAUUAAAACUUUGGUUAAAUUUUAAUAUACGGGACUCCAAGUUCGGAGAGAAUACUGUUUUAGUUCACCGCACGAAACUCUUUGGUUUUGGAACAAAUGAAGUAAGAAGUUAAUGUGAUGUGAGAUUUAAUUAGGCACAACUACCAUCUCGUCUUAUAUAGACGUCUUCUUCUCAUAUGUAUGAUGAUUAAGAGAGGUCCCUAAUUAUGUGUCUUUCCCCAAUCUUAUAUGAAAGUGACAAAUUUUAUUUUCGGUAAGAUAUGUGGUAGCGAGGGCCGGGCUAGUGACCAAAUGUGUGGCUAAUUAAACUUUCCAAAUUAAUUAUACCACGUGACGAUUUCUUUUUCUCUUUUGGAACCACCCCC